AUGUCAACAAAGACGAUGGACUUCUCCUUUCCAGUCCUCCCAGUAGCCGCUCUCGGACUGCUCCUGGUGGUCCUCUCCCCAAGAGUCAUAAACUGGGCGCGAACCAACAGAUCCAGUCUGCUACAAGCCCUCAGACUGCAAAAAGAGACCACCAGCGAGAUAGUCUCUCUGCGCGUCUACCCCAUCAAGUCCUGUCGCGGGUUCCAACUCACCAGAACCAAACUCCGCAUGCACGGCCUAGACCUCGACAGACAAUGGAUGUUCGUAGACGCAAAGACACACGAGUUCAUCACCAUCCGCCAAAUCCCCCAAAUGACACUGAUCAACACAGCCCUCAGCGAGGACGGCAACUCCCUCUUCCUCAGCAUCACCGGCUCCCCAGAGGAGGUCCAGAUCCCCGCACGCCCCGACGCCGCCUGGCUGGCGGCAAACACGACCCUCUCCCAGGUCAAGAUCUGGGACACCGUGACCGACGGCCACGUGUACGGGGACGCCGUCAACGCGCCGUUUUCCAGCUUCCUGCAGCGCGCCGUGUGUCUCGUCUACAAGGGGCCCACGCCGCGCAUUCUGCAGGGCAACGGUGACCCGCGGCUGCUGGGCCGCGAACAGAGCACCAACUUCCCCGACGUGCAUCCCGUGCUGAUUGCGUCCGAGGCGUCCCUAGUGGAACUCAACCAGAGGCUACGCGGUAAAGGCGCGGAUCCGAUUACCGUUGAGCGGUUCCGGCCGAAUAUCAUCAUCCGGGGCAAUGCGCCUUGGGCUGAGGAUUCGUGGAAGACGGUCCGGAUUGGUUCGUCUGGGCGGGAGCUCGGUGCGCGGCCGUUGGACUUGGAUGUCGUGGCGCGCUGUGCGCGGUGCCAGGUGCCGAAUGUUGAUCCCGACACGGCUGAGAAGCAUAAGCGGGAGCCUUGGGAUACGCUGAUGACGUAUCGCCGGGUGGAUGAGGGGAUGAAGUACAAGCCUUGCUUUGGGAUGCUGAGUGCGCCGCGGAAUGAGGGUGUUGUUGAGGUGGGGAUGAAGUUUGAGGUGCUGGAGGAGACGACGCAGCACCGAUAUAUUAAAGGAUUUUGA